AGCUUCCUGUUUUGAGUUAUAACGGAGAGCUCGAUCUCCGCAGACAACAGCGCACGAGCAUCCGACUAUUGAUCAUUUCUAUAAUCAGUUACCAGUCUAUUAUCAUUCAUUAAACCUGAUCGGACCAAUAUUAUUAUUAUCAUAAUCUGAUCUAACGCAGGAUUUGCUGAAGAGCUGGAUCGAACAAUCCUCACCUCACUGGAUGCUCAGCUGUUGUCCUCUCUAACAAUCAUCUGGACAGACACACUGACCUUUCAAGCCCGUGCUCAGGAGGCAGAGGCAGAGGUAAGAGUCAGAGAUCAGACCCAACACAAGACGCUGGAAUGUCUGCCAUGAGGACAGAAGAUGCUGCUGACGGGAAGAGCACAGCUAACGGAGGAGGAGUCGUGUGUGAGGAGAGAGGCGUCACCGUCCUCAGGCCUACAGAUCUCUCCGAGAUGUUGGCGGCAGGAACCAAAGAAGUUCACGAGAAGGCCGAAAACACCGAGUUUGUCAAAGACUUCCUGAGGGGACGCAUCCGCAAAGAGCUCUUUAAGCUCGGUCACGUGGCUUUAUUCUUCACGUAUUCGGCGAUGGAAGAGCAGAUCGAGAGAAAUAAAGAGCAUCCUCACUUGGCGGCGCUCUACUUCCCUCAUGAGCUGCACCGGCGGGACGCUCUGGCUCGGGAUCUGCAGUACUUCUACAGCGAGGGCUGGCAGAACCAGAUCAGUGUCUCUCCCGCCACCCAGCGCUACGUGGAGCGCAUCCAGCAGAUCGGCCAGGACGAGCCCGCGCUUCUCGUGGCUCACGCUUACACCCGCUACAUGGGUGACCUCUCGGGCGGGCAGGUGCUGAGGAAGGUGGCCCAGCGCGCCAUGAAGCUGCCGCCCACAGGAGAAGGGCUGAACUUCUACCAGUUCGACGGCAUCCACAGCGCCAAGGCCUUCAAACAGCUGUACCGCAGCCGGAUGAACGAGCUGGAGCUGGACACACACACCAAGCAGAAGAUCGUGGAGGAAGCCAUCCUGGCCUUUCAGUUCAAUGUGGAGGUGAGCAGCGCUGUAGAACAAAGCUGGUGUUUCAGUUGUGAUUUAAAAAGGGUCGUAUAG